GCAAAAAGGGACGCCAGGGCCCGUCUCGUGUGUGUGUAUACAAGUAACGCGCGUCGCUGGCCGACACUCCCUUUCCCGGGUGUACCUGAUUCUUCCAAGUUAAGGGUUAACGAUAAUAAUCAGGGACCAGAGAUCGACAGCUUCCAGGAUGAACGACACGCGCAACAAGAAGGACAAGAACCAGCACAUUCAGGUCUUCGUGCGCGUUAGACCAAUCAACAAUGCAGAAAAAAUAAGUAAAUCACCAGUAGUUGUUGAGGUAUCUUCAAACAAAGAAAUCGUUGUCAAGGAAAGGCCACAAGAUAAACUUACCAAAAAGUUCACUUUUGAUAAAGUAUUUGGUCCAGUAUCAAAACAGAUUGAUGUUUACAAUGCAGUUGUUAAUCCUCUUUUGGAAGAAGUUUUGGCUGGAUACAACUGUACCGUGUUUGCUUAUGGACAAACAGGUACAGGAAAGACUUUUACUAUGGAAGGAAACUGCAAUGAUCCUGCACUACAUUGGCAAGCUGACUCUGCAGCAGGUAUCAUACCUCGAGCUUUAAGUCACUUAUUUGAUGAUUUGAGAACACUGGGUGCUCAAGAAUAUUCUGUUCGCGUUAGUUUUUUAGAACUGUAUAAUGAAGAGUUGUUUGAUUUACUUUCUCCUAACGAUGAUGCAUCUAAAAUUAGAAUUUACGAAGAUGCAACGAGGAAGGGUGCAAUUAUUAUCCAUGGUUUGGAAGAAGUGACAGUUCACAAUAAAAGUGAAGUCUACAAAAUUCUUGAUAAAGGCUCAGAGAGACGUCAAACUGCUGCAACAUUAAUGAAUGCUCAUUCAAGUCGAUCUCACACAGUGUUCUCGAUAACAGUACACAUAAAGGAAAAUACUGUUGAUGGCGAGGAGCUUCUCAAGACGGGUAAACUGAACUUGGUUGAUUUGGCUGGGAGUGAGAAUGUAGGAAGAUCAGGAGCCGUUGACAGGCGGGCUAGAGAGGCAGGGAAUAUUAAUCAAUCAUUGCUAACUCUUGGGAGAGUUAUAACUGCUUUAGUUGAAAGAGCACCGCAUAUACCAUAUCGUGAGUCAAAGUUGACAAGACUACUCCAAGAGUCACUUGGUGGACGAACCAAGACUUCCAUUAUAGCAACUAUUUCACCUGCCUGCAUUAACAUAGAAGAAACUCUUUCUACCCUUGACUAUGCCCACCGUGCAAAGAACAUUACAAAUCGACCAGAAAUCAAUCAAAAGCUGUCUAAAAAGGCUUUGCUCAAAGAAUACACAGAAGAAAUCGAAAGGUUGCGGCGCGAUUUAUUGGCGACACGUGAGCGCAAUGGUGUCUACCUAGCUCAUGAAAAUUUCACAGAAAUGCAAACUCAAAUUGAAAUUCAAGGCAAAGAAAUUGAAGAAAAAAUUAAUCACAUUAAAGCCUUGGAAGAAACAAUGACGAAUAAAGAAAAAUUAUUUAGUGAUCUCCAAGUACAAUUCGAACAAACGAAUAAUGCCUUACAUCAAACAAAAAAUAGUCUUAUCAAUACGAAAAAUGAACUGGAAAAGACAGCUUACGAUAGAGAUGUGCAGAAACAUUUGGUUGAAAAACAUGUCGACACGGAAAAAGUUCUUUUAAAUCAGGCUAAAACUCUAUUAACUGUAGCAGAAAUAGCAACAAAUGAUACCCAACAGUUACACGACAAGAUUAGUCGUAAGCAAAAAGUGGAAACAGAAAAUGAAACUGUAAGUGAGCAAUUCAGAAAUGAAAUGUUGAAACGUUUUCAAAAUGUGGAGGAAAAUUUGGGAUGCUAUAAAGAUCAUGUGCUUGAUUACUGUUCUUCAUUACAAGAACAAGUUAGUUCAGUUAUUGACUAUCAAAAAGAACGAACUGAAGUCACACUCAAACAUAUAUCUGUGGAUCUAGUGAAACAAGAAAUUGAAAUCUCUAAAAAGCUGGAAGAAACUGCGUCCACUUCUUACGAUGAAUACCAUUCAUGGAUUCUCACACAAAUAGAAAAAACUUCAGAUAUGACUCAACGUGAGCGUGAAGCUCUUCAGGACAUUUCAAAGAAAAUUAGUCCUAAAAUUCGGGAACUAGUUGAGACAAAAAUAUCUGAAAAUUUGAAAACUUUGCACAACGAAACAUCCUCAAAACUAUUAAAUCUUGUGAAUAAUGUAAAAUUAUCCAUAGAUAAUUUUUGCAAUGCUUUACUCAAAGAUAGAGAUAACUUGACCAACGAAGUUGCUGAAAUGAAAAAAUCUAUCGAAGUUGCUGUUCAAAAACAAAAUCACAUUUCUCAAAACGAAGAAGUACUUUCCAAGAUGUUUGGUGAUUUGAAAAAUCAAUUUGAAAAUACGUUAAAGCAAUAUGAAAAUUUUGCGGCGGAAAACAAACAGUGCCACUCAGUUAUUUCAGAUAAAUUAAAUGAUAUCAGUACAAGGGCUGAUAAUAUCAAUGAAAAUAAUUCAACCAGUUAUAAACGUAAUGUUAAGCAGGAAAGGCAUAUUGAAAAACAAAUUGAACAGCAGAUUUCGGCUGUUAAGAGUGAAGUUGAAACGACCCUCGAAAAGAACUGGAAUAUUGCAGAACACGCAUUAGCUCAGAGUGCCGUCGUAAUUGAUAAUUUGGAAGAAAAUCUAAAAUCAUCACAAUACACCUUGGAGACAUUUGACAAUUCAGUUAAAGCUGACGCUAUGGAACUUCAAACUAAAGCUGAAAAGGAAAAAGAAACAAUAUUAUCAACAGCUCAGGAGUAUCAUAAGGUCAUCACGGAUGCUAGUACAAUACAUACUAACUUUAUGAACGAUCAGCAUACCACUAUUCGUGAUCGAUGUGGUAGAAUAAGCAGUAGCCUUGAGGAACAAGCAAAUGGUGCUUCGGAGUGGCAUAAGAAAAUUAAUUUGCAGCUGCAUUCGACGCAUGAUAAAAUUGAAAAGUUUGUGAGCGAAGAACUGCGCAAAGACAUUCCAACAGGUUCUACUCCUUUAAGACGAGAUUAUAGUUACCCUCGGCAUUUGGUGGCAACAUCACCACACGAACGCAUCAUACAAAGAUUCCGACAAUUCCGAAAAAAUAUUGAAUCAUCAGAGGAUGAGGGUGAAAAUACCAUGGUAGAAAUGACGUCGUCUUCGGAUGCGAACAGCAGCGACAGCAACAGCCUAUCGUCUCCAACGCCCAUUAAAAACGAUCAUGUAACUUCUACACCAUGUAGUACAUCAAAAUUACGAAAACCAAGUAAAAUAAAUUAUUGUAAUAGUAUGAUAAAAUCUGCUUCAACUUCAGAUCUUUCUAUCGUCACAAAAGUUCAACUUGAUUCAACAACUAUGUCGGAGAUAGAAAUGCCAAAGGAAAACAAUGAUAAGGAAAAUGGAGAAGAAUUUUUAAAACCAGAAAGAUUCAGGCCAAAACGGUUAUCCAAAACAAAAACCGCAAACAGAAAGAUUCUUGGAUCUUGUAAUUAAGGUUGUUUUAAGAGUUAUCAGGUAUGAAUGAAAGUGCGAAUUGUAAUAUUAUCCAGUUUAUCGCUAUAAAAGUAUAUACUGAAAAAGUAGCUCUUUGUAAGCCUAUGACAAUUUGAUUCUUCUGUAUCAUUUAAAAUUUGUAUUAUUUAGUAGAUGGCAAAAUUUUUACAAUUGAAAGAAACUGUUUUUAUUUUUGAUUGAGGCCUGUCAUUAAUCACAAAAUGAUAUCAUUGAUUCUUCGUAAUUAUCGGGUCAAUGUCCUUGAACUAAAAUUGUCAUUUUAAAAAUGUGCAACUUGAA